AUGCAGGUAUUACUUUUUGAGUGGUUGCCUGGUACGGGCGCCAUCGCCUUCUUUACCGGUACUUGCAUUGACUCACGGCGCGCCCUCUCUGCUCUUCUCUUUGACCGGCCCUCGCGAUGUCCUCCUCCAAAGCAAAGUCCAGCUCUUCCCAAUAUGCGCCUCUUUCACUACACGACGAUGGCGAGGACUCCAGCGCAACCCUUGAGAAGCGUUCCUCCGAGGACGACUACUCUGCCCCCUUGUUGGAAGCCUCGGACAACCUCAACGGCCUCGCGCCUUCCAAGCCCCCCUCAGCUGUCCAAGCUCAUUCUCUACUUCUCCUUUGCCCUAGCGCUGCUAUCGGCUGUGAAUGUCGCUCUCCUUCCCACUACACUAUCAAAGUACCAAGCCUACCCUUUGUCUGACUCUGACCUCGAGGCCCUCCCCUAUGGCGACGCUAGGCUGGGAUUAGACAGGGUAGCAAAAUUCAUCCCACCUCCCCAGGUCUAUCACCACGCUUGGCCAGAUAGAAUAGCACGUGUGAGCCGGAAAUUAAAGAAUGCCGUGUGGGGUCAAGGGGUGCAGGUCUAUGUUACCGUCGAGGUCCGUAUUCCGACUCGACAAUUAUGCGCUUCCCCAUCCCCCGCCGGCGUCAACGCCUGUGCACUCUCCUGGCGGCCGCCUCCCGAGUUCUCUGCGCGUGCCAAGGACCUCAUAACCAAGGGGGAUAUAACGGAAAUUGAAGUUUGGCAGCUUAUCGCACCAGUGGCUACCUCGGCCAUCGUCUCUUCCACUAUGGACGAGCUCGAUUUUGAUACCGUAUCCUAUUCGACCCUCCCCGUGCGCGGAGAGCUGCUUGGCGUGCUAGACCUCACAGCCAAGCCGAACAGCACAACACUAGAAUUCGGCUGUCCCAGCGCGGCAGAGAGUCUGGUAGUGGAAAUGAGGUGCCAGCGCGUGGCGUGUCAUGUGGAAUUCAUGCAGAUUGACAUAGCGCCGAGCUUUGGGUUUGAGUUGGUGAGAAGGAGGGAAUGA